GUAUCGUUAUAACAGAUACAGAUACUUGGAAAUCUUGUUGAUUAUGUUUAUUGCCAAGUUUUUUAAUAAAGUUUAAUCUCUUUGCAAUUAUCUAUUUGCUUGAUUGCCAAUCUAAUAUUUAGAAUGGCUAACAGUUCUCGACUGUACCUUACAGCCUACAAUUUGGUCCAAUUUAUUGGCUUUUCUAGUGUUACUUAUUACCUACUGCAUGCAUUGUUGUUUGAUAGCAAUAUUAUCAGUGCCAAACAAAUUUACCAAGCUAUAUCACCAAGGUUCACCUUUUUUCAAACCUUACAAUUUAUUGAGGUAUUACACGUGUUGAUUGGUUUAACUGGUGGAUCUCCUUUAAUAUCUUUCGUUCAAAUUGGCGGUCGUAAUCUCAUUCUUCAUAUUCUAAUCAAUGAUAUUGCUGCAGUCCAGAGUAAAUGGUUUGUUCCGUGGUUAAUUUUAGCUUGGUCUUCGAUAGAAUGCUUUCGCUAUCCAUUUUACAUCUCAUCUCUCCUUAAUUAUAAAAUUAAGUUGAUAACCUUUCUUAGAUACACUGCUUGGUAUCCAAUUUAUCCGGCUGGUAUCAUUCUGGAAGCCCUGACAAUCAAAUCUUCACUUGAAUCUUUAGAAGCAAGUGGCAAAUAUUCCGUUUCUCUACCCAAUUCGGCUAAUUUUUCCUUUCACUUACCAACUCUACUCCAACUUUAUUUGAAAUUAUUAAUUUGGCCCACUUCUUUUCUUCUGUUAUCCCAUAUGUACAAGCAAUCUAAGAAUGCCCUAAAGUGACCAUGAAAUUUGCGUACAACAACAAUACAAUUGUACAAUUUAAGACGCAUAAAAAUUUCUAAUUUCCGAUGUACUCUUAAGAGAUUCAAAUUCAAUUUGCUCUUUUUGAUUUAUAAAUUUAUAUUUUUGAUUUUCAA